AUGACGAGUGGAAAUGAAAGCCGAGAGGAAGUUUCCGUUCUGAGGGAGUCCUUGGCAACACCCCAACAACCACUUAGAAUUGCAGCCUGGAAUGUGCGAACCAUGUACGAGACAGGCAAAACACUACAAGUCGUAAAAGAGAUGGAGAGGUACAGGUUGAGUAUCCUUGGUGUAAGCGAAAUGAGAUGGACAGACUCAGGCAUGAUAACGCUCAACUCAGGUCAAACAGUCUGUUACUCAGGUAAGACAGAUGGUCAACACCAGGAAGGCGUAGGCAUUAUCAUGGACAAAGAGGCAAGGAAAAGCCUGCUAGGAUGGGAACCAGUUAGUCCGCGUAUUAUAAGAGCGAGGUUUUAUUCAAGAUACAUUAAGACAACCAUUAUUCAAUGUUACGCGCCAACCGAACAGGCAACGGAAGAGGACAAAGAUCUCUUCUACAGCAGCCUUCAGGACCAGAUAGACCAAACUCCACGGCACGACAUUCUCAUCCUGAUGGGGGAUUUCAACGCCAAAGUCGGUACAGAGAAUGUAGGUUACGAAGCCUGCAUGGGAAAAGAAGGUGUCGGUGAGAGGAACGACAAUGGUCAAAGACUGGUAGAUGUAUGCAUGGAGAAUGGUCUUGUCAUCGGGGGCACAAUCUUUAAGCACAAGAACAUCCACAAGCUGUCUUGGGUAUCCCCAGAUGGGAGAACGAGUAACCAGAUUGAUCACAUAUGUAUCAACCGAAAGUGGAGGAAGUCCUUAACCUUGAGAGACGUCAAGGCCAUUAGAGGUGCUGAUGCAAGCAGCGAUCACCACCUGAUGUUGUGCAAACUACAACUGAAACUUAGGAAGGCAAGCAAGGUCAAGAAUGAUCCACUCUUCGACUCUGGGAAGCUCAAAGACCUAGCGGCAAAGGAACAGUUCACCGUGGAGCUCAAGAAUAGGUUUCAGGUACUCGAGGACAUACCGGUUGAUGACAUAAAUGCCAGAUGUGAGGAUAUACACAAAGUCUUUACAGAUACCAGUAAGGCAGUACUAGGAUACCGUAAACGAGAGAGGAAGGAGUGGCUAUCAGAGACCACUUGGAACCUGGUACAAGAAAGGAAGGCAGCUAAGCAACACAUGUUGAAUGGAAGCGAGAGACAGAGGGCUGCAGCAGCCAAGACCUACCAAGCAAAGAACAAAGAAGUGAAAAGAAGUGCCAGAAGAGACAAACGUGUGUAUAUGGAUAGCUUAGCAACUGAGGCACAACAAGCAGCAGAGAAGGGUGAUACUAGGACCGUGUAUAAAAUCACUAAACAGCUAUCAGGAGAUCUCAAAAACAGGGCCGCAGCAGUAAAAGACAAGAACGGGAAAGUACUCAUGGAGGGAAAAGACCAGUUGGACAGAUGGGCAGAACACUUCAGAGAAACAUUAAACAGACCUCCCCCCUAG